GAACUGGGCUCGCGCCCAGGCUGCCGGACCCUUCUUUGAUGGGAAAGGCAGACGGAGCAGAAAGAGAAGGUAAAUGAUGAUGACCUUAAACAACAAAGAAGAUGGGAAGGGCCCAAAGAAGGCCUUUACACCACCUGGACGAAAAGCUCACACCGAGAUCCCUUGCUCUCUGGAUGCCCCCAACAAUGAAGAUACUCAGGGGAUCAGGCUCCCUGAGGUGAAUGCUGGGCAAGGCCUGCCAAAAGACAAGACAGAGAAGAAGAAAAAGGAGAAAGUCGCAAAAAAGAGUUCAGGAAGUGACAAAGAGGGGAAGGGGCCCCUAGCUACCAAGACUAGCAAAGAAGAAGACACUAAAAGAGAUGAGAGGAAAACAGAGAAGGAAACACCAAGUCUCACCAAUGAACAGUUUGAGGAGAUUGUCCAGUGUGUGCUUCAGAAGUCCAUGCAAGAGUGCCUGGAUAUGACCUGUGGGGCAAAGGAGACAAGUUCUGCUACCACUAUCACGGAUGGGAAGCUGCUGGGGAUACCUUAUUCCCCUGGAAUCCCUGUCUCUAAAGAAGUUCCUGGGACCCAGCCGCCCAAAUUAGAUCCUUUACCCUCAGAGAAGAAACAGAACAAACUUUCCUUAAGCAAGAAAAGAAAAGAAGCAAAAAAUGAGAAACCUGAGUUAACCAAAAGUGGUUAUAAGCACAGACGGAAGGGCCAACCAAGGAAAAUAGUGCAAGGCUACACCCAGAUCAGUGAUGAGGACGAAGCUGGGGGAGAAUGGACAAGCAGUUUCAGUCAGUGUGUAGCCUGGGCGCAGUGCUCCUACCCCACCUGUGAAAAGUGGAGACGACUACAUGAGAACAUUGACCCCUCAGCCCUGCCGGAUGACUGGUCAUGUAGUCAAAAUACAGAUCUGCAGUUUAACCAUUGUGAUGCUCCUGAGGAGAGCUGGUCAGGGGGUGAGAAUGAUGUGGUCUAUGCUUCCUACAUCCCAGGAUCCAUCAUCUGGGCCAAGCAGUAUGGUUACCCCUGGUGGCCCGGAAUGGUAGAAUUAGAUCCUGAUCUGAGAGAGUAUUUCCUCUUUGCUUCUCAACAAGAUGUCCUGCCUUCCAAAUACCAUGUGACGUUUUUUGGGGAAACUGCUUCUCGAGCCUGGAUCCCUUCCAACAUGUUGAAGAACUUCCAGGAGCUGUCCCUGGAACAGGUUGAACCGAAAAAGAUCAGGAACAAAGACUGUAGCCAGAAGCUGACAGCGGCCCUAGUGAUGGCCCAAGAGGCCCAGCGGAUCAGUAUUCAGGAUCGAGUUAGCUUGUAUGGUUUCCACAUCCGCUAUAAGGAGGGUGCAGCAGAGUCUAGCAGCAGUGACGACGGAGAAGACUUCCAAGAGGCUAAAAAGCCUGAAGGGGCUGGAAGCUCAAAUUCUUGUAUUUCAAAGGAAGAAAACAAGGAACCCUGUUCAGCUAAUUACAAUCCCACAAACACCUCCAAGGAGACACUCAAACUAAAAGAUGAGCAAGCUGAGACCCCUAAAAGGAAGAGAAAUAAGAAGUCCCCUUCACAAGACACCGCCUCAGUGGAGAGCAAAAGAAGCAGUGGGAAUUCAGAACCUGACCAGCCAGGCCUUAAGAAAAAAUUUACAGCUCCUCAAAGAAAGACCACAGUGACCAAACUGCCUGGGAGAGGAGGAGAUAGAGCUCCCCAAAACCAGUCCCCACCAACCCAGAGUCCAACUUGGCCCCUGGUGGAGGCAGGAGAAAAGAGUGAUCCCCAGGGGUCACUGGCACUGAUGUCCGGGAGCCCUCUCCCUGAGAAUAAGGCCUCCAGUGACCUGAACCUAGAACAGCCCAUGGAAGAAGUUAAAGAAGGGAUUAACCAAAAGGGGGAGCAACAGGCUCCCAUGGAAGAGGAGGAGGAGAUCUCUUUGGUUGUAUCUGAGGAAUAGUUGUGUGUAACUUCAUCUCUUGGUCUUCCCUCCCUGCUCAGCAGCUCCCUAACUCUUUUUCAGUGGGUUGGAGGUGAAGCGAAAUCCUCUAGCAGAUGUUAUUGAAAAGUUUGAAUUUGUUAAUGUUGUUUGAGCUCAGAUUUGAGCAAUAAUAAAGCAAGUUACUGAUUUAA